AUGAUUAACAAAGGAGUCCUGAGACAAUUUUUGGCCGCGAUAGCAGGUAAGGACAUUUUUCUACGUAUUUCAAUUACGUGAUAAUAUUUAUUAAAAAAAGUCCCGCAGUAACGGUUGUAAUAAGUGUAAAAAAAAAACACCUAACGCGGCUGUAAUAACCGUAAUGUACAAUUUUGUCGAACGCCAGCGCGGAAUAGCGAACAUUUUUGUUGUGCAAUUUCGCUGCAGCGUUUUAAAAAAAUAAAAAAUAAUAGCACGCGAGUAUGUACGAGUAUAUAGGUAAACCUAUAAGAGAACAACUGCGAAAAGAAAAAUGUGGUAGCUGCGGAUCUCUCUAUCCGGUCCCGAAAGACGUAUAAUAUUUGUUUUAACACGGUACAAUAGUUUCGAUUCAAUUAUUACGAGUUAUGACAAAAACUUUUAGGAACCCCUCCCCGCCUCCUCCCGAAAAAAAAAAUGAAUUUAGUCGUUUAAAUACAUAUUUGUAAAUCGAACCGCGUUUUUUUACCGUCAUACCUCAAAAUCGCUAUAUAAAAGACCUAUGCUAAUAAUAUUUCAAUACAAUUAAAUCGUUUUAAAUUGUUAUCGAUACGAAUACGAACACUAUAAUAAUGAACCUAUCAAUUUUUACCGUGCCUACGUAUACGAAAAACCACAAUUUAUAUAUAUAUAUAUAUAUAUUUUUUUUUUUUGUUGUAACUUAACAAUUUAUAAAAAAAAAAAACAGUAUGAGCGUAGUCUAUUGGGAGGGGAGGAGACCGGGGAGAAAUAUGUCCACCUUUGUCUUUUCGCAACGUUAUUUUCGAUAAGUCCACUCGACACCUUUUAGACAAUACGUGAAAACGAAUAUUACAACUAUACAAUUUAAUAACAAACAAAUAUUAAAUCGAACAAUAUUUCUGUGUACAUUGUAUAGAUUAUUGUUGUAGCUGAACAACGGACGCAUAUUAAUAAAAUAAACCUUUUUAACGUGGUUAUUUUAAUUUUUCCUAAAAAAAAAAAAAGGUUAAUCGAGAUCGGUAAUAUAGUGUUUCAAUAUAGCUUUUUUUCGUAACGACGAUUUAAGAGCCCAGGAUAAAAGGUUAUAUUAGCCAACCUCGUGUGGACUUAACUGGCUACGGAAAUCUUCCAGACCAGACCAUUUUUGUACUCUCGAUGUUGAAAAAUUGUUAAAAACGCUGCGAGUUUUGUUAGAUUUUUUUUUCUCUUCCGUUUUAUACAUUGUAUUUCGAUUAAAUUACAUCGUUUGUAUUAUUUGUAUUUUGUACAUUGUACCUGCCUUUUAGGUACCUUAUGUCAAUAACAGUUCAAACAAAAUAAGUUAUUAUAUUAUGCUGUGUGUACUUAUGUAUUAAUGUUAUUAAAAAACGAAAUGUUGAACAGUCCUGUAAAGUCGCUGAAGUGAAAAAUAGUAAUAAAUAAUAAUAUUUUGUUCUUAUUAUAUGACUGUAUAAAAAUAUUCAAAACAAUCAAGUUCGGAAUUAAAAUCAAAGGAAACGCUAUUCAAUUUAACUUUUGAUUUCAUAAAGAAAAACGGAAAAUAUUUCGCAGUUUUGCUUUUCAAUUGAUUAUAAUUAUAUUUAUUUCAAUUUUGUAUUCGUUUGUAUAAUUAUACACACACACAUCAAGAAAAAAAAAAUCGAAUUUACAUUUUACUAUGAAUCAUACAAUUUGGUUAGUACAGUGGUGGAUCUGAAGCUCAUUGAAGAGGGACGAACUGGUAUUAUAUAGGUACUAAAAACAAAUUUCGGGAGGAGGGGAAUCUAUAAUUCGUUUGUUACAGCUGUAUUAUACAUUCAAAAUUUUUACGUUCAAACAUACACCACUCUUCUCCCCUGCAGUUAAAUUAGUAAGAGUUGAAAUUUAAAAAAAAAGUCCUAGGAGAGAGGAUUGUCACGUCGCCCCCUUCAAAUCCGCUACACUGGGUUAGUAUCUAAGCCGAUACUCUUUUUUAUCUAAUAAUAUCAUAAUAUGGUAAUAUAUAGUAGGAAUUUAUAGAGUGGAAAAAAAUUAGUAUUCUUUUUAUUUCGUUUGGACAGUUUUUGUAGCCUUUAUAAAAGUGAAUGUUCAUCGGAAUGCAUUUUUUAAGUUUAUAAAAGUCAAAAUGUAUAAAUAGGUAAGCACGUAUACUAUACGUAUUAUACAUAAUGUAUGUGUGUAUAUGCACUGCUGUACAGGAUCAUUAAUGUAAGACAAUCAUUAUCUCGGAAAAUAUAAGCAAAUUAAUUUUUUUCGGCAUUUUUGUUUUUGGAAAAUUUAAGAAUAAUAGUUGCCUUAAAAUGUUACAUUAUCUCCAUUUUUGGUCAGCCUUAUGUUUAGCGGCGAAACCACGUAAUAUACCUACCGACUUUUGAUUUUCAAAUAUCGAAUGACAACCUAGCUAUAUUAAAAGUGUCAGAAAUAACUAGACGAUGUUUAAGUUGAAAUAACUGUUGGUGUUUAAUGUUUACAUUCUAUCGUCUCUUCGACGAGAUAUUCCAUUUUUAAGGUUUGUCAUUGUGUAGUUAGGGAGAGAUUAGUGGAGCAUCAUUGUUUGAGUGGUAGCGUCUCAAUAGAAGCAUCACAAUAAUCUAUAGUUACUAUAUUAUUCUUUCCUACAAUAUGACUAUUGACAGACUUAAUACGCAUAACGAAUUGAAGAGAAUUAGAAAUGUAUUUAUUUAUUUAUUUAUUUAUAUACGGAUUAUACAAAUUCAUUAGCAAUUUAAUUAUUUACAAUUGCAUUACGUGAUAAUGCGUAGUAUACAUAAUGAAAAAUAUAUAAAAUAAAACAUAAUGUAUAAUAAUUAAAAUUAUUUUAGAUUGCAUGCAAUUUUAAUAUUAUUAAAAUUUAUUACAUUAAUUAAUUAUAGAUACAAUUAAAUUUAUUGAGAUCAAUACAACGGUAUACUGGAGGGUAUUAAACUGCAGUUAGUCGAGGAAUGCAGAAUACAAUAAUUAUCAUGACACUUCAAAACUAUAAAAAUUUCUUUAUUUCUUGUGUAGUUUUUUUUUUUUUAUUUUAAAGGCAAGUUUUUCUAAUAUUUGAGAAUGGUAUAUUUUAUUAUUUAUUAAUUUAUGUAUAAGAGUGAUUUCUACGAUCCUUCAAAGUUGACAUUUAAAAAAAAAAUUGUAUUGUAACAACGCGGGUCUCUUUGAACACAAAAUGUAUAUGACAAAAACGAAGAAAAUGGUUUCGAAUCGAUUCUAGAGAAUUAGUUUAAAUCCAGUAGUAUAGAGAGACCAUAAUAUGAGAAUGGCAUUAAUGAUAGUCGCGAGCGGACAAUAGAGAAAUAAAUACUAUUUAAGACAAGUUCAUUUUCAAAAUCUAAGAAACAUCGUUUGACAGAGCUUAGUUUUGAUAAAUCCUCGUUUCUUAUCUUUUAUGUGUUCAUUAAAAGUUAAUUUUGAGGUAAACCAUCAUAAAUUGAAGAUGUGUGAUUUAUCAAACAAUUAUUAAAUUUUUAUUUUGUACAAAUUGGUUUUUGUUUUCGAUUCAAUGUUAUAGAUGAAUAUUUGUUAAUAUGUCCUCAUACUGUUACCGAGACACUAUAGUCACAAACGUUAUUCAAGCCUGUUUAUAAAUUAUAGCAAACUUUAAUGCAGAGUUUAUAUUAUUAUCAUUUUUUGUGUCAUAUGCAAGAAAUAAAAUAUUAAUUUGUUUUAGCACAGGAUAGUAAUGUUAUUAAUUUAUAAGAAAAAUAAUGGAAAUGAUAGGUGGUAGGGUACGCCGUUUGGAACUGUAAUAGUAUCAGAUAAAAAGUUACCAUAUUUUACUAUUUGGACACGAUUUAAUAAAAAAGGAAAAUAUCUAAAAUAGAAGAAGGUCGUGAAUUCCAUAUUUAUUAUGUAGUUUUGUAGUUAACAAUACUCAUAAUCGAUUAGAUAAAAUUAUUUUUUCAUGUCUGUAUGUAGAUUACGUCCGAUUAAGUGUGAAUUAGUUGAGUCUACAAUGUUUUGUAUACAAAUGACUAAAUUAAUAAUAGUUAAUCUUCCUAUGCAUAAGCCAUGUUGCUUAUCGAUUAUAAUGUUGUGCAUCAUGUAGGAAAUAAUUUUAAGUUUAUAAUUUUUGAAAAUAUUUUAGGAAGAAUUGAUAUUUUCGAGAUUGGACUGUGAUUAAAGAUUGAGGACCUUUUUUUUUAUAUAAAUAGCUAGGAGAUAUAUUUUGGCGAUAAAUUAUCUGGGCCACAACAAUAAUUGAUAUUAGGAUUAUCUGAUUCAUUAAACACUAAAAUGUAAAUUACAUAUUGAAAGUGUGGAAUAAGGAAGAGUAUUUUAUACUUAAGGAUUUGACAUGGACGCGGUGUGAAUGUACUUGAGAACAAUUUUUUGAAAAUUUUUAGAAUUGCCCAUUUAUUUCUUGAUUUUGAAAAUGCACGCAAUUAGGCACCUACGCAUUAUAGUUAGUUUGUUUUUUAUCAAUUAUAUAUUUUCGGUUAUAAUCGAUAGAAUUUUUUUACAUUCAAUGUUAUAUAAUAACGCAAUAAUACAUCAUACACAUAGGUCGCCAUUUAAAAUUCGAAAACCGAUAGUCGGCGAUUGGCGGUUUCACUCGCCUCCCCCGUCCCCACAAAACGAAAUAAUAGGUAACGUAACGAAACAAAAUUAUCCGUAGAAUCACGAUGUAGUGUCUCACGGACGACCGAUACACUCUGUAGUACGUACAAUACCAGAAUGCCUGUACGUCGACACGUAUAGAUUUUAAAACGUACCCACUCGGCGGACAUCAGCACAUUCGACAGACGCAUGAUCCUCUAAGUCAUUAUAUCGUUUUGUUAAAUCCCCGAGGAAAGCGUAUUGAACACAGGCAUACCGCAACAAUAAAUAUAUUAUUAUUUAUCUAAUAUAUUCGUGCGUUACCUAUCUAAACUCUUCUGUAGCCGGUGAAUUACGCCGAUAACCGAAUCUCAGUCGUAAACCGUUGUUAAUUGCGCGGCGUGCUAAACGUAAGUUCAAGACUAAUGCACCCGCCGUACCUACCUGCACUAUUAUUUAUACGUAUAUCAGUUACAGGUGCACACCUCUAAUCGAAACCCACCGAAUUGCCCGAUUAAUCGGAACGGGAACAGAGAUAUUACGAAAACGUGAUAGGCGCCUAUCAUUUUCAACAAUAUUGGCAAUUGUUGAUGUUUGUUUAAUCAUUAACGUUGUUGCGCCUGCAGUAUACGUACUCGCGUAUAUUGUCAAAUUGGGUAUUGUGGGUUGAAACGUUAAUGACUCGUAAAAAUACUAUUAUAUCCAAACUAAUUGAUAUCAACUUGAUAAUAUAUUCAUCCGCUAAUUAUUUAACGGGUACCUUUAUACGUUCUAGGACAAACGGACGUAGCCGUUUGGACGUGGCUGUAAAUUACAUCUCGCCCAGUUUGUCACUUAGGAAAUAUGUAUUACGAACAUAAUAUCAGUGGUUUUAUAAUUUAUAAAUAUAGAUAAACCAACAGAAAAUUUUACUACAAAUAUCAUUGAUUUGUACAUAAAUAUGUAUAUUUUUUUUGAUUUUUUUUUUUUGACGUCCCAUUGUACCCACGUCCAAACGGUUACGUCCAUUUGUCCCUAUUCGACCUUUAUAAUCUACCGUUACUAAACGGAGGCCCGUUUCAACGUGCACCGAAUACGACGAUUAAAUUUAAUCGUAAUCAAUAGUUACCAUUUAAUGAAAAUAUUAUAUUCAGUUUGAUAAACGAGGUAAUAUUUGUGUUCAACAUACUAUAGGUAUAGUGUAUUUCUUUCGGUAUUAAACGUAUUAGUAAAUAAAAUCGUUUAGAAAACGAGACGAGGUCAUUUAACUAUAUGGUAAUAAGUUAUACACUAUUUUUCUCUGAACUAGAGAAAAAAAAAAAAAAUUAAAACUCACCAGAUUAAUAAUUAUGACAAAUAAAUGCCAGCAAAUAAACUCUACGAAAUAACCAUAGUACCCUGGUAUUUAUCAAACAUUUUUCAAAAAUUAGAUUUUUCACCGAAACCUAACAAUUCAAUUAAAGUAUGAACAAAUAUAGUCCUUAAUAUAUACCCGAGUUAAAAAAAAAAAAAAAAAACAAAAAAAAAUUUUGAUUAUCUCCAUCAUCUCCGGAAAUAUCGCAAUGGUUUUAUCUUCUCGCCGGACGCCCUGUAUACGUACCACGGCUAGGAUUUUACUGUUAAACGUAUUGGUACUAGCUUGCAGUGGCGUGCUUAGGAAUUAUCAUUAGGAUUAUGGGAUGGUAUAGUCAAUCAUAAUCGCGAAUAAACCGUACGUAAAGAAUCUUCCUAAUCCUGCGAAAAAUGGCAACGUUAUAAGACCUCCCCCCGGUGAAUGUUUAAAAUACGCCCCGAGCUUACAAUUAACUAUUUUAUUAAUGGUGUCACAUAAAAUAAUUUAAUAAUAUAUCUGCCCGGUGCAGGGUCAUUGUCCAUAAUGAACGUGGGCAUCAUACUGGGUUGGACUUCACCGAUCAUGGAAGAACUGUUGAUGCCAAACAGCCCGAUCCCGAUGUCUGUGGACGAGAGCUCGUGGUUCGUGUCGGUCAUCGACUGGGGCCUGAUCGUGGGGUCGAUACCGUUCGGCGUGUUGGCCGACCGGUGGGGCAGAAAACCCAGCCUGCAGAUUAUCGGACCACUGGCGCUGGCCACGUGGGUGGCUCUGCUGUUUGUCAACACGUUCCAGGGGCUGCUGGCCAUCCGGUUCGCGCAAGGUCUGCUGGCCGCGGGCGCGUACACGGUGCUGCCGGUAUACGCUGGCGAGAUCGCCGGUCCGAAAAUCCGUGGUGCGCUGGGUACCAUGUUCCAGAUAAUGAUGUACGUCGGUAUUCUGUUCGUGUACACGGCCGGCAUGUACCUGAACUACAGGCAGCUGACGUGGGCCAUGAUGGCCGGGCCAGUGAUUUUUUGCGCGCUGUUCGCCGCCAUACCGGAGUCGCCGCACUUUUACGUGAUGAAGAACCGGUUGACAGACGCCAAACGGGCACUGGUGUGGCUGCGGGGUGAUGAAACGGGCAAGUCGGUGGACUACGAGAUGGACGCCGUGGUCGAGUGCAUAUGCAAGGAGAUGCGGAACGCUACGUUCACCGAGCUGUUCACCGACUGGGUGAGCCUCAAAGCGCUGAUCAUCGUCCAGGGGCUGUCCGUGUUCCGGACAAUGGCCGGCGUCACGGCGCUUAUAUCGUACGCUUCGAUUACGUUCAAAGAAAUGCACGUGGACAUACAUUCCAACAAGCUGUCGCUGGUGUUCGCGUGCUCGGUGCUGUUCUCGGCGCUGCCGUCCACACUGUUGUCGGACCGAGUGGGUCGCCGGCCGCUGAUGAUACUGUCGUGUAUUCUGUGCUUCGUGUUCGACACGGCCAUAUUCUCGUACUUCUACCUAGACAAGUGUAGCAAUUACGACGUGACCGAGUACGGUUGGCUGUGCGUGCUGGCCGUCGGCGGCCUGUCCGUGGCGCACACCCUGGGCCUCGGUUCCCUGCUGUCCACCAUCAACUGCGAGCUGUUCCCGUCCAACACCCGGUCAAUAGCGAACGCCAUCAACACCAUCACGCUGACCACCGUCUCGUUUCUGGCCCUCAAGAUAUACCCCGUGCUCGCGGACAACGGCGGCAUGUACCGCAACUACCUGAUAUCGACCGUGUUCAGCUUCGCGUCGAUAAUCAGCUGCUGGCUGUGGCUGCCCGAGACCAAGGGCAAGACGUUCGCCGCCAUACAGGCCCAGCUCCGGAAGACCGACGACUUUGUGUGA